ACUUCGACAUAAUAGAUACAGACGAGCAGUUCUUUCAAACCUUAGGAGGCACAUCUGGCGACGUCUACAAAGAAUACAUGUCCAACUACGUCCUAGAACAGUUCGAACCCCAAAUAUCGGACGACAUCAUCAAUUUCAACAUGUCAACUGAAAAUGACAACGCAAUCCUGGCCAAUAAGAACACCACCAAACCCCAACUGAAAAACAAAAAGAUACCAGUGGCCAGAAAAACGGACCAGGAUGAAAAUUUGGAUCUCAACAAUCUUCCUCCAGGUUGUUCUAAGGAUUUGGUUAGAUCAGUUGAGGAGGUACAAAUGAGGCCUCAUAGGCCUUUGCAGAGGCAGACAUCUGGUAGAAGACAUGCCAAGACUAGUUCCUUGAUUUUGUUGUCUGAUGGUCAGAAUUUGGAUGCUAGUGAAAUAUUGGAGAUGCUGCAGGCAAAUAUUAAUUCACCGGGGAUUAAAAACGUUGGGCAUAAGAAUAUUUGUAAAAUGCAUUCUUGGGAUGAGAGCAGGGAUGGAGGAGAAUGCAGCAGUAACAUGCCUUCAACCAGUAGAAGUCUAAGACAACAUUCAAAGUCUCUAACAAGACAUUCAUCAAGGAGCAAUCAUCGUGAACAAAAUUUAGUCCAAGAGGAUCUAUUGAACCCUAUUUGUCCACCAACUCCAACACACCAUGCAAGAAGGCCAAAACAAAAUAGGCCAGAAAUUGGUUCUUAUCCUUUGGAACCAGAACAAGUACCAAGUCCUGAAAUUCGUGUUGCUGAUAUCAGGCCUUUGAACCACACUAGGUAUAACAUUCGACAAAUGGAAUUGAGGACGUCAGAAAUCAGGACUGAUACAGAUUGUCCUGAUGGAACUACUGAUGUUAAUUCUUCAAAUAAUGAUGAUUCUUCAACAGUACUCCCAGACUUCUCAAUGAUUCCUCAACUCAGACACCUUUCAUCAACAAGAUUACCAUCAAUACCAGAAAGAAGCAGCAGAAAUGUUGUUGUCAACAACCAGGAGAUCAAUAAUGAAGAACCAUUGCCACCAACUUGGGAAGCAAGAAUGGACAGUCAUGGAAGAGUUUUCUACAUAGAUCAUGCUUCUAGGACAACCUCUUGGCAAAGACCUCAAGUUUCAGGAAAUUCUUCAUCAUCUUCCAUGUCUGCCAUGGCUGGUGUUAAUGAUUUACCUGAUAGGCACAGACAACAGCUGGACAGAAGAUAUCAAAGUAUUAGGAGAACAAUUGCUCAAGCGAGACAUGCUAGUCCAUCACAACAAAUACCUCCAAAUUGUUCAGGAAACAUAGAGAGUCAGCAGCAAAUUUCUAGUCAACAAAAUCAACAUUCCAAUCCACAACAACAACAGACAGCACCUUUGCCAGCAUUGACUUUGCUCAUAAGACCUGAUUUUUACUCAUUGUUGCACACAAAUCAGGAUGCCUUAGCCUUAUACAACCGCAACCCAGCCUUAAAACACAUGGUAUCCAGAAUCCGCCGAGAUGCAUCAUCCAUCAACCAACUUGUGCCACCAAAUUUAAACCAAUCACCAAACCACCACCAGUUAGUAUCAAAUCCUCAAUUUUCCCCACAAUUUUCCAUGAACCACCAAUCUAAUGGCCAAGCACAGUUUCACCAAAUGGCGUCAUCGUCAUUGGCCAAUCAGCAGCAGUCUUUACUUGGCAACCAUUUGGUUCAAAAUGCUGCUAAAUACUGCCUAAGUUUCACCAGGUAUCAACAUAAUAAGGAUUUGGUGGCUUUGGUGAACGCUUUUGCAGAUAGGGCCAGAGAUUUGCCACCUGGAUGGGAGAGCAAGAGGGAUGGAAAUGGAAAGGAGUUUUUCAUUGAUCACACAAAUAGAAGAACAACUUUUAUGGAUCCCAGGAUACCUUUGGAAAGUCCUAUAAGGAAUCGUCAGGGAAGACAGGAUAAUGAAAAUGCUCCUGUUGUACCUCCAAGACCUCCAAGUUCUCCUCGGCUUAAUGCUCAGCAUAUUGAAAUUCCUAUUGCUUAUAAUGAUAAGGUAGUAGCUUUUCUAAGGCAACCAAAUAUUUUAGAAAUUUUAAGGGAACGACAUUCGGCAGUAGCUACUAGUAGGACUUUAAGGGAAAAAAUUAAUUGUGUACGUGUCGAAGGGACUUCAGCUCUGGAAAGAUUGGGUCAUGAUUUGCAGUUGACAAUAUUAUUAAGCCUUUUCGAGCAAGAAAUAAUGAGCUAUGUGCCCACUCAGCAGACCCAUUCAAGCACCCCUCAAGCCCUUACGGGUUCUCAAAGCGCCUCCAACCAACAAGGGUCUCAUUCAAGUCCCAAUCAGACCCCACAAUCGACUGUGUCGAUCCAAAGAGGCCCCUGCAGAGGACCAGCUCCAUACAGGAGAGACUUCGAGGCUAAAUUGAGGGCUUUUUAUAGGAAAUUGGAGAGCAAGGGAUACGGACAAGGACCUCAUAAGUUGAAGUUGCACAUCAGAAGAUCUCGUCUCCUGGAGGACGCCUUCAGGCGAGUCAUGUCCUGCGCCAAGAAGGACCUCCAAAAGGGUCGUCUGGCAGUUUUGUGGGACGGUGAAGAAGGGUUGGAUUAUGGAGGACCUUCCAGAGAAUUUUUCUUUCUGCUCUCGAGGGAAUUGUUCAACCCUUACUAUGGUUUGUUCGAAUAUUCCGCCAAUGAUACUUACACAGUGCAAGUAUCACCAGCAAGCGCCUAUGUAGAUAAUUGUCACGAUUGGUUUCGUUUUAGUGGCAGAGUCUUAGGCUUGGCCUUAGUGCACCAGUAUCUUCUGGACGCCUUUUUCACCAGGCCGUUUUACAAGGCGCUCUUAAGGCUACCAGUAGCGUUGAGCGAUUUAGAAUCCUUAGACAGUGAGUUCCACCAAUCCUUACAGUGGAUCCGAGAGAACGACCUUGGCCAAGGUGGAACUGGAGGUGCUCUUGAGUUGAAUUUCUGUGUAACUGAAGAACUUCUUGGACGAGUCGUCGAGAGGGAAUUGAAACCUGGUGGUAAACACGUCCAGGUCACAGAAAAGAACAAAAAAGAAUAUUUAGAAAGAAUGGUAAGAUGGAGACUGGAACGCGGUGUUGCUGAACAGACGGAAUCUUUAGUUCGCGGAUUUUAUGAAGUUGUUGACGCCAGAUUGGUUUCUGUUUUUGAUGCACGGGAACUGGAAUUGGUCAUUGCUGGUACUGCAGAAAUUGACGUUCUGGAUUGGCGGCAAAAUACGGAAUAUAGAAGUGGAUAUCAUGACGCACACCAGGUCAUUUUAUGGUUUUGGCAAGUCAUCGAGGAUCGUUUCACAAAUGAGCAGAGAUUAAGACUUUUACAAUUUGUUACUGGAACUAGUAGUAUACCUUAUGAAGGAUUUAGCUCAUUGAGAGGCUCCACUGGACCUAGAAGGUUCUGCAUAGAAAAAUGGGGCAAACCAAACAGUUUGCCCAGAGCUCACACUUGUUUCAAUCGCUUGGACCUGCCUCCUUAUGCCACUCCAGAGGUUUUGCAUGAGAAACUGCUUUUGGCUGUUGAAGAGACCAAUACUUUUGGAAUUGAAUAAUUCAGAUAAGAUAAUUAGAUUA